AAGCUGCAUUGAUCAAGCGCUCCGCAUUAAAGCAACAAGGGACCAGCGCCUGGUGUCUCAACCCCCAAAAAUCGCGUCGUCAAUAGAAUUUAACGCUCACCGUUUACACCCUGAUCCUCAAAGCGAAUCUCAGUUGAAUUACACUGCUCAAUCAUCACUCAAUGACCUUUUGCAAUACCGCUAUCAACAGUUCGUCGAUGGCCAAGUUGAAGAUUAAAGAAGAAAUUCCAGAUCAAAGUGGAUUUCACUAUGAUUACGAGACAUUACGGACUACAGGGGUCAUCCUGGCUAUGAUCAUGUUUGUUUCCGGCAUUUUAAUAGCACUGAGUAAAAAAAUGACAAAAUGUUUCACAAAAUCCUCCUCAAACUCCAGCACGGGUCUUGGCACCCAGAUACCAAAGACAGAAGUGCCUCCUCAGACUGUGUAGAGAGUCGGUGGCUGACGGCAGGAGAGGGGGCCGUCGUCGGAAACACACGAAAGAGUCAGCGCACACAUACACAUAUACACACACUCAAACUCGGUCAAAAGAAACAGCAGGGUACUUCUCUAUGCAAGGGAAUAUUCUACUACUGUACCUUUUUCAACGGUUGAAUUGUAUUUAAAAAAACACGUUUUAGAAGAUAUUUGACUGUUAGCUAUCUGUUCGACAACUUACUUGACAUCAUAGGUGCAUCUGACCUGUCUCAAAAUUAACGUUCAAUGCGGUUUCAGUGCCAGUUAAGAGGUCGGCUACGCAUUAUGAACUACACUAACUUGCAAAUAAAGGCAAAAAACACCUGUUGUCACUAUGUGUCACGACUAUAGAGAUCUGAGCAGUUUACUUUCUUUAAAGCACUAAAAUGGUUGCAUGGAAAUAUUUGUUUUAUUGUAUAAUCUUUGAAACCGCUUGCACAUUUAUUAACAUCAUGGAUGGAUGUUUGACGUGGUUGGUGCCAUCAUAUCAUGUCUGUAAGAUUAUACUCAAGCACAUUCAGUUAUUGUCUUUAGAUUACGACUUCAUGCUGUAUAUCAUAUUUUAUCACUGUUAAAAUUCUGUUUUAUCACUAAAUCAGAAACGUCUUUGUAAUAGACUCCAUUGUUCCUUUGUGUAUUUCUGCUUUCUAGACGCUACUGGUGAUAUACACAACUGCACCCCUUUGGUUUUCUAUCGUUAAUACUUUGUCCAUUCUCAGCUCAUGAAAUUUGCCUUGCGUUGAUGUUUAAAAAGAGAGGGAAUGUCGAUUCUAAAGAGCAAAGAAACAAAUGAGCUGCAAAUGGGCUUUCGGUUUAACCAUUUGAUCAUUUUCUAGCAGUUGUAGUGUUUGUCAUGACUUAGUUUUGCCCAUGCACCCAUGCCUGAAUCUGAGCCCAUAGCAUCAACAAAAGCAGACAAAAAGACACACAACCAAAUGAAACAGAUGCUGCAAUAAAUAUGAAAUAGCAUGUUCUAGGAGCUUCCUUCAAUAAAGUUGUUUUCAUGCCAUCUCUUU